AUACAUGUAGAGAUUCACACAUUUUGAACAGUAGAAAGUUUUUGUAUACCAGACACACAUCAUAUCAACCGACUUCGUCCCACCAGUUCCAGACCCAGCAGUCCCCGGCUCAGCGCCACCCAGAGAGGAUAUCCCAGUUGCACCACCUACAUGGACCCUGAAGGCCAAGUCAUGGACAUUCAUUUACCGCGACGUCAGUGACACAAACAGCACUGAGACAACAACAUCAAGCCUAAAUCCCAAUAAUGUCCCGGACAUUCUACAAGAUGUGCUCAACCCCGCUCGUAUCACCCCAUGUACACUCAGACACACUCCGCAAGCUCGACAAUGGCAAAUCUCAACUUAAUGGUAUUGGCAGACUGCUGAAAUUUCUCGCUAUUAUACGCUAUGAAGAUACAGAUGUCGGUCCAUACGAUGAACUCAUUGUCAUGCCGGGAAUGUCUGUAAAUCCGCAUUCAGGGACACGGCACGCUAGGAUAAGUAAUAUUUAUGUUUCGACUGAUACCAGUGUAUGGAACGGGAGGAGGAAUUGGAAUAUUCCCAAACAUCGAGCACGCUUCGUCUUUGAGCAAGUCGGUAGACAGGAUCAAAUAUUAAAACUAUAUCACCCAGAAGACAGCGCGGCACCCCUCGAUCCAAAAGGGACAUUUUUCACGGCUUUGCUGAAAGGUUCUGCAUUACCAAAAUGGACUCUACCAGCUUUCUCACCGGGUGGUCUUGUACAACCGCCCCUGCCACCACCUAGGUAUCGCAGUCAAUCUGCUACGACUGCCGCUGUUAUUGCAACUGAUGACCCAGGAAAUGGUCGGGAAAACCCUUGGCUGAUGAUUCAUCCGUCGUAUAGGGGGUCAUGGGGGUUGACUUAUAUCUCAAAGGUGCCUCCGUCCAUUAAUGAUGAGGAGAGUUUGGAAUGGUAUGGUGAUGGGAUUAGUCUUCCUAAGAUGAAGGUAUGGUCGGUUGGAGGUUAUUUUGAGGGGAAUAUUGCUUUCCAGCGUCAAAGAUAG